GUAUGGAGGCGGUGGAGAGCAUGGUGUAGGGUAUGGUGGAGGGGGCGGAGGGGGAAGUGGCGGUGGAGAUGGUUAUGGUGCCGGUGGAGAGCAUGGUGGUGGGUAUGGGAGUGGGGGUGGUGAAGGAGGCGGCGCGGGAGGCUAUGGAGGCCGUGGGGGUGGAGGUGGGAAAGGUGGUGGAGGAGGUUAUGCCGCCGGUGGAGAGCAUGGUGGUGGGUAUGGGAGUGGGGGUGGUGAAGGAGGAGGUGCGGGAGGGUAUGGGGGUGGUGGAGAACAUGGCAUUGGGUAUGGUGGUGGAGGUGGCGGUGGAACUGGUGGUGGAGGCGGUUAUGGCGCCGGAUAUGGUGCUGGAGGAGGAGGAGGUGAAGGGGCAGGGGGUGGAUACGGUGCAGGAGGACAAAAAGGUGGAGGACAAGGGGGUGGCGCCGGAGGAGCCGGAGAAGCAUCCGGCGGUGGUGGCGGAGGACACGGAGGCGGUGCUGGAGGAGGUUACGCCGGAGGAGCAUCCGGGGGUGGCUGCGGACAGGGAGGCGGUGCUGGAGGAGGUUAUGCAGGGGGAGCCGGAGGAACUUCAGGUGGCGGCGGAGGAGGACACGGUGGCGGUGGCGGUGGAGGUUACGCAGGAGGAGCCGGCGGAGCAUCCGGUGGUGGAUAUGGUAGUGGAGGAGGAGAGGGUGGGGGAGCAGGAGGGGCAUACGGAGGAGGAUACCCUGGUGGCGGCGGCAGCGGCGGUGGAGCUGGUGGAGGAAGUGCGUACGGCGGCGGAGGUGAGCACGCAGGUGGAUAUGGUGGCGGCGCAGGCGGUGGUCACGGUGGUGGCUACGCUCCUUAAGCAUUACAAAAUGGAAGCUUGGAAGGAUUCGUCUUCUUGCCUAUAUGAAUAAUAAGAACAUAAUUACGUACUUAAUUAAUUACGUGAGGGCAAAUUAAAUUAUUAAUAGGGAAAUUAAAACUACUAUUUCUAUAUGUAUUAAUUAAUGUUUGUUCUAAUCAAUAUACUUAAAUUUAUGAUUUUA